AUGGAUUUCUUUGACGGUCGUCACUACGCGAUCAAUAAAGGUACACUAUCCUUAUUGGGCCAAUGGCCUUAUCAAUCGAUUAAAAACAAAUACAUUUGUUUGGUGAUUUUAUUUCUAUUGACAGGAACACAAAUUAUUGCUAAGAUAUGCGCUAUUAUUACUUCACUUAAUAAUGUAAAUGUUGUACUAGAUGACAUGGCAUCACUAAUUGCCGAUUUUACUGCAGCAAUCAGAUUAAUUAAUGUUUCAGUUCAAAGAAAAAAGCUGAUGAAAGUACUUCUAAAUCGUAUGAAAACAGAUUAUGCUUUAUUCACUACAGAUGGUGAAAUCGAAAUUAUGGUGAAAUAUGCCGAGAAUGGGAGAAAAUUUACUAUUGUUUAUUUAGGAAUUUUUUUUGUAUCAAUGCUACAAUUUAUGAUUCCACCAUUAAAGUCAAUCAUCUUGAGUAGUAUGAAUGGAACGAGUGAACGACCAUUGAUACAUCACGUCGAAUAUUUUGGUAGAAUCCUUGACAUUCGGUAUCAACUUCGUCAUAUAAUCGACAAUAAUAUUUUGUUGAUAAAUUUGUAUCCUUCGAAAUCAAAUGAUAAGUCUUAUAAAAAGAUUUCUGAAUGCAUUCGUAGACAUCAAGAAGCUAUACAGUUUACCGAUCUAUUGGAAUCAUUUUAUUCCACAUCCAUUUUUCUCUACUCGGGAAUUAGUAUAAUUGGAAUGAGUGUUUCUAGUCUACAGGCUAUUCUAAAUGUCAAUGAGACCAAACAAUUUUUUCAACAAAUGUGUGUUUGUAAUACGACAUUAUUUAUUAUCUUGUUUCAAUGUGUGAACGGUCAACGGCUUAUCGAUCAUAGUAGUAAAAUGCACGAACAUCUAAUAAAUACCGAGUGGUAUCGAACAUCAUUACGAACAAGAAAAGGAAUCUAUUUCAUGUUAUUCAGAUCACGAAAACCUUGUAUGCUAACUGCUGCAAAAAUGUUCAACGUAUCCAUGGAAACUUUUAGCGCCAUUGUUCGUACCUCGAUUUCGUAUUUCACUGUUUUGCGAUCUAUGCAAUGA